AUGCUGAAUUCGAUUGACAAGCUUUGGCCGGGCUGGUUUUGUGAUAUUCUGGAUACUGUCGUGGUUUGGAAUGACGGCAGCCGGGCUCGCGUUGGAGUCGAUGAUGACCUUGUUGACGUUGAAGUACAUCCAAGUGUUCUUGAUCCUAUGGAUUAUAGGGAACGUGUCGGUAUGCCUAUGGCCGAUCGAGACACUGCCGUUGCUGUACCGGUACGGACAUGCAGCACCGUUCUACCACAUCUCGAGGGGGGUGUCGUAUUUAUUCCACCGUUCACUCGUUUACCUUUCCCCAUGUCUCUUCUUCGCUCCUCCAUCGUAUCUAGAGCCCUGGCUCGUUCACGGUCCUAUGCGAUGACACAUGCCGCAGGAAAAAGUCCGACAGCCGUCGUCAUGUUGAACAUGGGCGGCCCGUCCACCGUUGAAGAAACCCACGACUUCUUGAAGAACCUCUUCAUGGACGGCGACCUUAUUCCACUACCUUUCCAACGCUUCCUCGCACCCUAUAUUGCCCGUCGACGCACGCCCAAGAUCGAACAGCAGUAUGCCGACAUUGGCGGUGGUUCCCCGAUUCUUCAUUAUACACAACUCCAGGGUGACGGAAUGGCCCAGCUGCUCGACGAGCUGCAUCCGGAAACCGCGCCGCACAAAGCAUAUGUCGCGUUCCGGUAUGCUCGCCCACUAACAGAAGCAACGGCACGACAAAUGAAGGAGGAUGGAGUCAAAAGAGGUAUCGCGUUCACCCAGUACCCGCAAUAUAGCUGCAGUACGACGGGAAGCAGCCUGAAUGAACUAUUUCGACGAGGGAAGACAGGUGAAUUUGGUGCUAUUGAGUGGAGUGUGAUUGACCGAUGGGGUACUCAUCCUGGGUUCAUUGAGGCAGUUGCCCAGAAUAUUGAAGCAGCCCUUGCCAAAUUCCCAGCUGAAAAGCGCUCGGAAACAGUCCUGCUCUUUUCAGCGCAUUCCUUGCCCAUGUCUGUUGUAAACCGCGGAGAUCCGUAUAUACUCGAAGUGUCGGCGUCGGUCGCUGCGGUGAUGCAAAGAUUAGGUCACUCGAAUCCAUACCGGUUAGUCUGGCAGUCGCAGGUUGGGCCUUCGGCUUGGAUGGGAAUGCAGACAGGCGAGGCUCUGAAGGGGCUUGCUCGUCUUGGAAAGAAGCAGGUGGUGCUGAUUCCAAUAGCGUUCACGAGCGACCACAUCGAGACCCUAUAUGAAUUGGACUUGGAGUAUGCAAAGGAGGCUCGGGAGCACGGCGUUGAAGUACACCGGGCGGCCUCCCUGAACGACUCGCCCGUGUUUAUUCGAGCGCUGGCUGACAUUGUUGCGGCACAUCUGCACGAAUGUGCCGCGGGGAAAGGACCAACAAGCAUUCAGCUGGGCCUGCGAUGUCCGGGAUGCACGAACGCAACGUGUGGGCAACAAAAAGCUUGGUUCACGCGAGGAGGCCGGUAG